GCGGCAGCAUGGGAUUGAAUCCAAUUUUAAAAUCUGGUCCGACAACGAAACACCUUUUCAGUCCAACUGGUCCAGGAAGAGAAUCGAACCGCUCUUGGAUGGAUCUGCUUCAUAAAUCACGAGGGAAGCACAAAAUAUAAGCGACAAGAAAACUACCUCCUUCUUCAGAGAAGCGAGUGAUUGGCUGGUCUGACACAGAAACAGUUCAGCUUUGAAGAGGACCGGUUUAAAAAGAGGUCUCACAGCUAAUUUAACAAUCAGGGUUGUCCUGGGAGUAACGGUCUGGACGUGAGGAUGCUACGGAAGCCGCAGAAUUCCUCAUCGGUCACUUUGAACUGGACUGAAUGAAAAGUGGACGAGCACGAGAAGAGGUCGAGAUUUGUUAAGGUUUUCCUGGUGAUCCCAAAAGAUGAGGACUAGCCCGAGGAAACAUUGGAGAAAACUGGAUGAAAUAUGAUGAAUUUGGUCUUGUCCAAUCAGAGCUUUUCCUUGUUUUGGACUGGAUUGUCAUGGCUUGACCACGAAGCUCUGAGACGCAUGAAUCAUGAUCUAAUGAGCUGCCCAAAGGGAGAUACACAUGAAUGAUGAAGCUGAAUCUGUGGAGGAUCCAAGGAUUACAAAUUUGUGCGUUUAAGACUUGGGGACUUGCCUUCAGAGGGUUGAUUGUGAGACUUGAGUUGUAGACGUGCGUGUGUUUCUUUACCCUCGGUUGUAACUUCUGCUGUGAUGCAUGAGGCAGGGAUCUGGACGAGGUGAUCGGAUAUCCCAGCCGUGGGUUCAGCAGCCCUUCAACCCCCCUCAGAGGUUUUUUGUUAGUGUGCGUUCGCAUGCACAGACGGUUCAUGUGCGUACGGAUGUUGAGGUGCUAUGCUGAGGGUGUCGGGUGUUGCUCCAGCUCCGUCGGGCCACGAGUGGCGUUUUCAGUGCUCUGUCGGGGUGGACUGUAGCGACGCUGAACCUCGCUGUAUCUGGCUGGCAGUUUUAAGGGGGAUCUCACCUCGUGCCUCACCCCGGCCGACCCCUAUAGCUUCACCAAGGAGACGGGGCUCCCGGAGGAUCAUACAGCGCCAUCGCUUAACCUGGGCUAAAGGGCGGAGAGAUGGCAUGGUGGCAUCCAGUGAAAUCAGGCGUCGUCCGCUGUCGUCGGGUGAGGUGGAGGGCGUGUCGUGGCAGGGCCCACGCACCAUCUUUGUCCAGAAGAACUUGCAGGGAUUUGGCUUCACUCUGCGUCACUUCAUCGUCUACCCACCAGAGUCGUCGCUCCACAGCCUCAAGGAUGAAGAGAAUGGAAAUGCGACCGGAAAAGGUUGUCAGCAGGCUCGUUUGGAGCCGAUGGACACCAUCUUUGUUAAGAGUGUCAAAGACAGUGGGCCCGCCCAAGAAGCUGGGCUGCGUACAGGGGACAGAUUGGUGAAGGUGAACGGGGAGAGCAUCCUAGGUAAAACCUACUCUCAAGUGAUCGCGCUCAUCCAGAACAGUGAAAACAUUCUGGAGCUUUCCAUUAUGCCAAAAGACGAGGAUGUGUUGCAGUUGGUAAGUGCGUACUCCCAGGAUGCCUACCUUAAAGGCAAUGAGCCAUAUUCAGGUGUGGCCCAGAACCUCCCCGAGCCCCCACCUCUCUGUUACCCCACCACAAAGACCAGCCCCGCUGCGCCCCCGCCCAGCGACGGCCUACACACUCCCCUGGACAAUUGGCAGUGCCGACCCGGCCCCACCACAUCCCCGCUGGACAACCGGCCCCCUAAUGUUUCUCCCCCCACCUCCGGCUGGUCCGGGGGUCCCGAGGAUUCCAGUGCUUACUUUGCGCCGUCGGGUCGGCACCGCGGCCGCUCCUCCUCGGCCAUCAGUGCGCUGGACUUUCACUUUGCUAACCACAACGCUGCAAUCGCCUCUGCAACCCUGCCUGCGCCACGGAAGAGCAGCAUGCCGGCAUCUUCCCGCACUCGAGCUGAUGCCCUCUGUCACCAGGCUCUGUCGGACUGGUACUACAGCCAGGCUGAGGCUGCCGAGUCUAUGUCUCCUCGCCAUCGCAGUAUAUCUCAGGACCGUUUGGCAGAACUAGGGCUGGGUUUGGCUCUCGGCCCCGGACCUGCACCUGCUCCCACAAUCUCUGCUGAGCAACGCAGAAGAGAAACCCUCCUGUACCACCACCAGACGGCUGCUGCUUCCCAUGAUUCAUAUUGGUUAGGGGGCUGGGGUGGGGUAACAGGACCAGGCAGCAGGUCGUGCUCUGAGAACCUGCUGGCAGCAUACGCUGAGUACGAGCAUAACUACGGGCGCUCUGUGGAAACACUCGCACAAGCCUCUGCUCUGGUCUCAUCACGCUACGAUCACUCCUCACAAGGAUCCCAAACCGAAAAAUUCAAUGAGCAGAAAGACCAGAGAGUCCCAGCAGGGCAUCAGCACCAAACCGCAGUGACGAGCCCCAUCACAGCCGCCUCCACAGCGUCUCCUAGUGGCAGACAGCCAGGUCAACAGGUAGCUGAACCCCAAACCAGAAGAGUCAAAGGUGAAGAGUUGGUGGGCUACCAAAGCUACAGCCCUUCUUUCUCACGUAAAGCCAGCCACCUCCUCCAGCAGGCUCACUCCUUCAGAGAGCCCGGCUACAGCGGCCCCCACCUCAACUGGAGCCCUGGCAGCAGAAAUGAUGGUGGGAUGGUACCCAGGCCUCAGUCGACCCCCGUCCUGUCUGCGUCAGAGGAGGAGAGAGCCCGACUCGGUGAGGACAGGGAGGUCAUCUCCCCCAUCUCCCUCAAUCAAGAGGUGGUGUUGAGGCAGAAGCCGCCGUCAGGCCGUCGUACCCCGGUUCAGGCCCUCCGACAUCCUCACUAUGCCUCACCUGUGGAGUCACCUGAGCCCCCUGCUUUGAUACCCUCACCAGGGACGCCCUCUCCAGUCUCUGGGCCCGGCCCCAACCGCAGAGCUAAUGGUAGCCUGGCACAGCAUGCAUUCAACUCCCUGUCCUCUAUUCCCUUCAUAGAUGAACCCGCCAAUCCUAGCAUUGACCUUCAGGCCUGCUCUGUGCCAGCCUGCUCUGUGGUGUCCAGUUCCCAGGCCUCCAUCCUCACUACCACCUCUGUCUCCCCCACCCUCACAUCCAUCACUCCCAUUGUUCGACUUCGUUCUCAGGACUGCAGAAGUAUUAAAGGCCGUCGCUCCUCGUACCUGCUGGCCAUCACAACAGAGAGAUCCAAGUCCUGUGACGAGGGUCUGAACAACUUUAAAGAAGAAAGCAGAGUCUUCUCUAAACUACCAAAAAGAGUCAAGAGCUUUUUCACUGAUGGGUCUCUGGAGAGCCUGCGAGCCCAGGAGGAGGCGCGGUCAAAGCGUCACUCCACCUCUGAGCUGGGAACCAUCACUUUCAGUGACGUUCGUAAGGAGGGCUGGCUGCACUACAAACAGAUCCUCACGGAGAAGGGGAAGAAAGUAGGAGGUGGCAUGCGGCCGUGGAAGCGCGUCUUCUCCGUGCUGCGUUCCCAUUCCCUCUUCCUCUACAAGGACAAGCGGGAGGCCGUUCUUCACGGUGCGGGGGCGGGGCCAGGUCAGGACGAGCAUCCUCCAAUCAGCAUCCGGGGCUGCCUAAUCGACAUCGCCUACAGUGAAACCAAACGUAAGAACACGCUCAGGCUGACCACGCAGGACUUCUGCGAGUACCUGCUGCAGGCCGAGGACCGGGAAGACAUGCUGGUGUGGAUCAGGGUCAUCCGGGAGAACAGCAAGACCGACAACGAGGAGAUUGGUUUCUCAAGACAAGCCCUCAUCAACAAGAAGAUGAACGACUACAGGAAACACAGUCUGACAGGUAGUAAACCCGACUCCUCUCCCAGAGCUCAUCGUAUGAUGCCUCCCUUCCUACUGGCAAAGACUGACAACACCUCAGUGAACCGAACCUCCAGAACGGAUGACAACAAAGCUCUGUGGGGCAUCAACAUCAUGAAGAAGGCGAAGAAGACGGGCAGUCCGAAGGCUUUUGGCGUGCGACUGGAGGACUGUCAGCCAGCUGUCAAUCAUAAAUUUGUCCCUUUGAUCGUGGAGAUGUGCUGUGGUGUGGUGGAGACCACAGGUUUGGAUUACACCGGUAUCUACCGGGUGCCGGGGAACAACGCCAUGGUGUCCAACCUGCAGGAGCAUCUCAACAAAGGCCUGGACAUCAACACUGCUGAGGAGAGAUGGCAGGACCUGAAUGUGAUCAGCAGCCUGCUCAAAUCCUUCUUCCGAAAACUUCCCGAGCCGCUGUUUACUGACGACAAAUACAAUGACUUCAUUGAUGCCAACCGGAUAGAGGACGCAGAGGAUCGACUGAAGACCAUGAAGAAACUGAUCCAUGACCUCCCUGAUCACUAUUAUCACACCAUGAAGUUCCUGGUGGGACACUUAAAGAGGGUGGCAGAUAAUGCAGAGAAGAACAAGAUGGAGCCCAGAAACCUGGCUCUGGUGUUUGGUCCCACUCUGGUCAGGACAUCAGAGGACAACAUGACCGACAUGGUCACACACAUGCCCGACCGCUACAAAAUAGUGGAGACACUGAUCCUGCAUCAUGACUGGUUCUUCAGUAACAGAGACUUUGAUAAAGAGGAGAAGGCCCCGGAGGAUAAGCGGGACAUGCAGCCUGUACCCAAUAUUGACCAUCUGCUGUCCAACAUUGGAAGGCCGGGUAUGCCAGGAGAGGCUUCAGAUUCCACCACCAGCGAUUCUCUUAAGUCAAAGCUUUCAUCAGGCUCCAAGAAAGACCUGAAUGCCAGGGACUUCCUGCCAAUGUCCCUCAUCUCUGCUGUGACCCGCAAGCGAAAAAAAUGCCUCAGUACCCACCUGCAGGGCAGCAGCACUGACGAGGACUCCGAGCACGAGCCAGUCAAAGCCAGCAACUACGGGGCCGGAGAAGGAGGGGGAGGGGAGGAGGAGCAGGAGAGAGGAGAGGAAGAGGCAGAGAAGGAAGAACUUUUAAUUCUUAAAAAAGAAAAACGUGAGGGAAAGGAAAAUGGGGUGAAAGCUGAAGAGACCACAGAGGGAAAAGAUUCAUUGGUGGGAGAAGAAGUAGCUGAAAAAGAUCUUAGGAACAGAAAAGGAAAGAGAGAACAAAAUUUUACCUGCUUGUACCAACAGACCCAUGCCUCAUAUCCAAGACCCCCACCAGCGACUAAUCCUCCUUCCCAGUUGAGACCUCAUAAUUUAGUCAGAGGACGCCCCACUGUUCCCUUCUGGAUCUGCCCCAACAGGCUUCCCACCCUCUACCAGGCGCCCAGCUUUCAUGGGACCCAACAUCCAGACUGGAACCAGUCAGCACCUGUCCGCUACAGGAAGACCAGAGGGGGGAGAACAAGGGCUGUGUCCAUGAAUCUUGAUGUUGAGUUUGGCAGGGGAGACGACAUAGUCAGAGGAUGGAGGGCAGACAGGGUGGAGGUAAUUCGAGUCAUUGAUGAAACAUUAGGUCAGCGUGGACGUGAUGGGGUUCCUCAGGGAUCAAUUUUGGGUCCUCGGUCGAUUCAACAAAUAGAUCCCCUUCCUCGUCUGCAGAAGGAGGCUCCCCCUUUCUCCUCCUCCUCCUCAGGGUUGAUAGAUCAAAGCCCUGCAGGACCCUCCACUGUGGUUCUGAGGAGAUCCGCCCUGGACCCAAGGGACAAGACGAGAGCGUGGCGCCGUCACACCGUCGUAGUUUAACCCGACUGUUGCAUUUACUAAUGCAGAACCAAGUACUCACCCUUUACUCACACACACUGAAUCACCUCUGUCUCUGCUUCUGAAGCCACGGUUCAUAUUGCUCCAGAGAUCCCAGUUGUCUGAGGCCUUUUCCUUGUUGCUUUUCAUUGGCACUAAAGUGAAAAAUGUGUUCUUGUUGUUAAAGAAUUGUGCAGAGGGGCGUGUCCAGACUUGAUUGACUGCUCUGAUUUAUGCAGAGGUUGCAUGAAGUAGUAUUGCGCAAACAAAUCGAAGAAUAGCAUUUAUUUUCUGCCUCUGCCUCCACUGAACAGAUUUACCUUUCGUAUACAGAUAUCAUAUCCCUAUGUUUAAUACUUUUUUAACGUCAAUCUUACAAGCUUCAGUUUUUUUAAAAGCUUAGCAACUUUAGAAUAGAUGUCUCAAUUUAGCAAAAUAUCUUUGACCAAAACAAAACGUUUCUUUGGCCAUGCCUCCUCUGUCCCUCAGUGCACCGCCUGCCCUCCUCCCCUAACCCUUCCUUAAUGUGCCAACCGAUUGCAGCCGUUUUUAGGACUGAUCUCCGUUCUGAUAUGCACACUAAAGAUGAUUCUUUGAUGUAUUUAGAACCAGAGUAUUGUCUGUGGUUUGGAAGAUCUUUUGGUUCUCCUUUACUCCUGCGAUGACAGUUUGUGAUUAUGCCUCAAGAAACAGCGUCCCCAAAUAGAUGGGGCUGUCAUCCCCCACAUUGUGGCAGGGCUAACAGUUAGAGAGAAAGGAUUUUGUGGAAAAAAAACAUCUACAGGAUGAAACAUGUUUGAGCCUCUGAGUGAAUCAUAUACAAGGUGAAGGAAGCGUCGGCCCGUCAGUGUGAACACAGGGGUGUUAACAACAAACCCGGAGGAAGUUUGACUUCACUAUCUUUACAAAGGCAUUACUCAAUUACAUAGUUAAAAGGGAUGUUUUUGAUAUUUGCUAUAUUAAUGAUUAAAAUUACACAUUUUAUACCUUUAAGGAAUCAAAAAGAAAUUAGAAUUAAAAAUUUUAAAUUAAGGACCAAAAAAUUAUGUGUCACAUUGAAUUUAAAUUAUAGCCAUUAGCAGUCUGACUCAGUAUAGCUUAAAUAGUUGAUUGAACUUAAGCCCCGCCUCUGAUUAGGCAAUUAGCCAAUCAAGGUGUAGAAUUUUGGGUUGGCACCAGGAGUGGCCAAUCAGAUUUGCAGGUGGGACCAUUGCUGUGGCUGGCCAACCUUCUGGACACGCCCCUGAUUGUGCGCACGUGAAGAGGUUUAUUCCAAAACUAAAAACAAAUACAUCGAUCUGUUCUGAAAAUUACUGCAAAUGUUAUUUUACAUGUUUUCAUACUACCACUAGGUGGUGACAAAGUAAGGUAUUUUCUAAUUCUAAAAGGAAGCUUUAACACAUAUUUCUUCAACAAUGUUUGGGAAUGAAUCUCUUCAACAAAAGGUUAUAAUAAAAAUUCAUUUAAAUGCCAUAUUAGACAUCACCUCCAGAGCGCAGCAGCUGCUUUCACAAUUAACCAUCACCAGCAAAGACUUCAGCAGUCGUGCCGCCAUGUGAUUUUUUAUUUUUGAAUCCAAACUGACUGACUUUGCUGUACAAAUGCUGGUGUCUUCCCCCACUGGUUUUUACCAAUGAUGUCUUUAACAAAACCCAUGUGGGCACACUUACCUACCAGCCUGAGUACAGCACAGAAAACCUCUCAGCCCUUUACAAGCUCUUCCAAAGUCUCCCGUGGAUCUACAGGGAACGUCAAAGAUCUGCAGGAGCAAAGCAACUCACUCCCUCUCCGGACGAUGUCACUCGGGCGUUAUGCCAAAGCUUCUGUGGACUAAAAAACUGCAUGCAUGGGGUCGGUGACAUAUAAAGAUAUGCAAACCCUAAGUGUUAAACACAAGCCUAUCAUGCUUCCCCUAUGUGUGUGUGUUUGUGUGUGUGAGGGCGUGUGUAUGUUUGAGGAGGAGGGUCAGACUUUUGAGGAUACUAACACUGUUUUUAUCAGAAAGUUUUUAAAGGCAGCUAUGUUAAGUCAUGCCAAAUUAUUUUUUUUCUAUUUGGGUAUAUGUAUAUUAUCAGCAGUAUGGAGCCAAAAGACGACCGUGUGCUGCGUUCCUACACAGUACGGUAUUGACUCUACUCAACUCUACUUGCUUGGAACUGACGCUUCUACUUUCUCUAAGUUUUCCACUAGGGUGUCAGUAAACUAGAAUUUACACACCAGCUCCCCGCCCAGAAACGCCCAGAGUCGACCAAAACAAACCAACACAUUAAAAUCUAGUCAGAGGACAGAGUGUCUGCAGACACAGUCACCACCACUCGUGUAUGG